UCCCCUCGUAAAUGCGGAAGUGGAACUCACGGGGGUUCAACUGUUCACUGCAGUUUGUACCGCACGUAUUACCAGUGCUGUGUCUUUUAAACAGAGUGCUUCACAAGUAUGCCUUUGUCAUUCGAAGGGCGAGUUGUGCUCGUAACUGGAGCCGGAGGAGGCCUUGGCAGAGAAUAUGCACUGGCUUUUGCUGAACGAGGAGCUGCAGUUGUUGUGAAUGACCUUGGGGCUGACACAAAAGGGGGUGGAAAGAGUUCUGCAGCUGCUGAUAAGGUUGUGGAGGAGAUAAGAGCAAAAGGAGGCAAGGCAGUGGCAAACUAUGAUUCUGUGGAGGAUGGAGAAAAGCUGAUCCAGACAGCCUUGGAUGCAUUCGGAAGAAUAGAUAUUGUUGUAAACAAUGCUGGGAUACUUCGUGACAGAUCGUUUGCCAGGACCAGUGAUUUGGACUGGGACCUCAUUCAAAGAAUUCACCUGAGAGGCUCUUUCUUGGUGACACGUGCUGCCUGGAACCACAUGAAAAACCAGAAGUUUGGCAGAAUCAUCAUGACUGCCUCGGCUGCAGGCAUCUACGGCAACUUCGGGCAGGCCAACUACAGCGCAGCCAAGCUGGGUAUGCUGGGGCUUUCUAACACCCUGGCAGUUGAAGGACGCAAGUACAACAUCUGCUGCAACACCAUCGCUCCCGUGGCCGGGUCGCGCCUCACAGAGACCGUCAUGCCACCAGAUCUUGUGGCAUCUCUGAAGCCGGAGUAUGUUGCUCCUUUGGUCCUCUGGCUCUGUCACGAACAAUGCCAAGAAAACGGUGGACUGUUUGAGGUUGGUGCUGGCUGGAUUGGUAAAUUGCGCUGGGAGCGUUCUCAGGGCCGGAUUGUGAGACAGAAGAACAAACCCAUGACUCCUGAGGCUGUGCAGGCUGAGUGGGACAAAAUCUGUGAUUUCACAAAUGCCACCAAGCCUGCUAGUGUACAAGAAUCUCUCCAGUCAGUUGUGAGCGUGCUGUCUGAAGUGGAGUCGGAGGGUGAAGUCGGUGCGAAUCCAACAGCAGCACCAGCCUCUAUGGCGUCAGGAGCUGGAAUUAAUCCUUCUGAGGCUGUGGGACAAAAGCUACCGUCAACCUCAUUCAGCUUCACCCAAACCCAGUGCAUCCUCUACGCUCUGGGGGUGGGCAUGUCCACCAAGGACCCAGACCAUCUUAGGUUCCUGUACGAGGGCCAUCCAGACUUCAGCUGCCUCCCCACAUUCGGGGUCAUACCCUCGCAGUCAUCCAUGAUGGGUGGCGGGCUGAGCUCUGUCCCUGGACUCGACAUAGACUUUACCCAGGUUUUACACGGAGAGCAGUAUCUGGAGCUUUACAAACCCCUGCCCACUUCAGGAACGCUCACUUCUGAGACCACCAUAGCAGACGUGCUGGACAAAGGAUCUGGAGCUGUCAUCCUCUUGGAUGUGAACACUUACAGUGGAGGUGAGCUGGUGUGUUACAACCAGUUUUCGGUGUUUGUGGUCGGGGCCGGAGGCUUCGGUGGAAAGAGGAGCUCAGAGAAAGCUAAAGUUCCUCUGCCUCCCCCGAAGCGUGCACCAGAUGCUGUGGUGAUUGAUUCAACCACCAGAGACCAAGCAGCCUUGUACCGUCUGAGUGGAGACUGGAACCCUCUCCACAUAGACCCCAGCUUUGCUGCUCUGGGAGGCUUCAAGUCGCCCAUCCUGCAUGGCUUGUGCUCAUUCGGUUUCGCCGGGAGGCACGUCCUCAAGCAGUUUGCCGACAAUGACCCCUCCAGAUUCAAAGCUAUCAAGGUUCGCUUUGCAAAGCCGGUGAUUCCAGGUCAGUCCCUGCAAACGGAGAUGUGGAAGGAGGGCAGCAGAAUCCACGUCCAGUGCAAAGUGAAGGAGACGGGCGCCGUGGUGCUGGCGGGGGCCUACGUGGAUCUGCAUGAAGCUGCUGGAGCUUCCUCACAGAAUCCCACGCCGGUGCAGGAGGGGGGCCUUCAGAGCGAGCUGGUGUUCGCUGAGAUCGGCCGGCGCAUCACAGAGCUGGGCUCGGAGCUGGUGAAGAAGGUCAACGCCGUGUUCGGCUGGGAGAUCACCAAGGACGGCAAGAGCGCGGCGCAGUGGACCAUAGACCUGAAGAACGGCGGCGGCGGCCUGCACAAAGGGCCGUACAGCGGGAAGGCCGACGUGACUUUCACCGUGUCCGACGAAGACUUCAUGGAGGUGGUGACGGGGAAGCUCAUGCCCCAGAAGGCGUUCUUCGCCGGCAAGCUGAAGGUGAAGGGGAACAUCAUGCUGAGUCAGAAGCUGGAGGUCAUCCUGAAAGAUUACGCCAAGCUGUGAGCGGACCGCAGAGCCCCCCCCCCCCCCCCCCUCCUCACCAUGGAAACUCAAUACUUAAAAAAUUUAAUUUUGUCUCAUCAAUUAAUCUGUUCUGUGCCAGAGACUCUCAAAAAGGAUCAUGUGCAGAGGUUUCGAUUUUUCUUCCACUUCUGGAAUGGUUCUAUGUGUAAUUGAUACAUACUAAACCUGUUGUGGUACAGAAUUUAAGGAGUAAGGAUUCUAAUCUUACUGCAUUUUUUUUAAUGUGAACUGUAAUACACAGCUGUAAUUAAAUAUAUUUGCUUUGAAUAAUUAAUAUAAAAAAAAGUUUUGUGUUUUUGUUUGAGCAGUGUAUGUAUGUAUGUAUGUGCCCUCAUCUUACAAAACUAUUAACAUUAGAAAAAUCAGUGUUGUGCAAUACAAACCAUGGGUUUAACCUUUUUAUAAUCUGUAGUAAAUAAUACAUAUAACACAAGUUGGA